AUGCACUGCUAUGGAGACCUGGUCAGCUACCUCAGCUGUGGGAUGAUCCUGGCUGGACUUGGGCACUUGCUCCAUCACAGGAAGACGCAGACCUCCUACGGGCGCCACAUGAGACUCUCUCCUCCGGCGAGAACGGUCCCAGCCAGACUAGCCUGGUUCCUCCAGGAGAUGCCAGCUUUCCUGAUUCCCCUGUUGUUAAUGCUGACCGGGCACAAACCCUCCAGUAUGGGGAAGUACCUGCUGCUGUGGACCUUUUGCUUGCACUACUUUCAAAGGACAUUUGUCUAUUCACUACUGACCCGAGGAAAGCCUUUCCCACUGGGUGUGAUGAUGGCAGCAGGUUUCUUCUGCUCUGUGAAUGGUUUCCUGCAGGGACACCACCUGCUGCACUGUGUCCAGUUUGAUGAUGAAUGGUCAGCUGACUAUCGCUAUAAAACUGGUCUAGUGCUGUUUUACACUGGAAUGGCCAUCAAUAUACACAGUGAUUAUAUUCUACGCAACUUGAGGAAACCAGGGGAACUAGUAUACAAAAUUCCAACAGGAGGUCUGUUUGAUUAUGUGUCUGGUGCCAACUUCUUAGGAGAGAUAGUGGAGUGGCUUGGUUACGCUGUAGCCACCUGGUCCCUUCCAGCACUCUCAUUUGCUGUGUUUAGCCUGUGUUUUAUUGGACCAAGAGCCUAUCACCAUCACAGGUUUUACAAAGAGAAAUUCAAGGACUAUCCCAAGUUGCGCAAGGCUUUGAUUCCAUUCAUCUUCUGAGAAAGAAAGCACUAGGAUGUGUUCUUGUGGAGCAGCCAGUGACUGAACCAGCAACAAAGACUCUGCACUCCUAUUGUUGAAUCUUUAAACACAAAUUACACUGUUUUGAUUUUGCUUGCAGUCAUCGUCCAAAACCAUUAUACACUGACUCAUUGUUCAACUUUUUAGAUACAAACUUCUUUGGAUGAAA